AUGCUCCAUUCCCGCGCCCUCCUCGCCUACCCCCAAGGCGCAAACGACUCCGAUACCCUCCUCGGCGGCGUCCACUUCAACCUCACCGUCCUCCGCUUCUGGAACUACACCCUCUACACAAACGGCACAGUCUCCAACGGCUCCAACUGCUACGUCACAGAACAGCCCUACACACCAGUCUACCUCUUACCAAACGGCACCUUCCAAAACUCAACAUGGUGCUACGACCCCAUAAACCCAAUCGGCAAGCGCGCCGGCGUCGGCGUAGGCUUCGGCAUAGUGUAUGCUUUCGCCCUCAUGUUUGUCCUCGCGAACCUGAAUCGCCAUGGACGGCAUUACCUCCCGACGACGAAGCGGUUUUAUCCCAUAGGACGGCGGUGGCAGUGGUACUAUGCGAUUCUGGUCUGCGUUGCGGCGUUUAUCAGUCUGUUUACCAACAUUGACGUCGACCGCUUCUACGUCAUUGGAUUACCCAUCAUCAUCAAUAGCUUCUUCUGGUACCUCAUGCAAAUGUUCACCAUUGCGCUGGUCUGGGAGGCCGUUCGCCACUGGGGAAGCUGGAGCGAGAGACAGGCCAUUGACCCGGACCCGUUCUCCCUGCGCGAGGGUGAUCGUCGUAGCAAGCUCGAGUUCUGGAUGCCAUUGUGGUUCUACCUUUGGUUGUGGCUGAACUUCUUCCUCAUCAUCCCCCGCAACUGGGGCGAAAUCGAAAAACAACGCUCCCCAGACCAAACCGCCGCCCGCGCCGCCCCCUCCGCAACAGACGCCCGCUUCAAAGCAGCAACCUUCUGCCUCGUAGUCUGCUACCUCACCAUCCUCGCCUCCCUCCGCCACUCCAUAAAACACUACUACCCCCGCAACCGCGGCCCCCUCAACAAUCUGGCGGCUGUCUAUGCUGGAGGCUACGGGCCCGCGCUGUUGAUCAUCUACACGCAAAUCGCAUACGGAUUCACCUCCCCCAACGAAGAUAAAGAACUCAUCCGCCAGCGCCGCAAGCGCGGAACGCAAAUCGAUCGGGAGAUGGGAUACGUGCCCAAACCCGCAUGGUGGCGUCGCGCAAAGAACAACGACCACCUCGUAAGCCAGAUGAGUAUGCGCGAGCGCAUCGCGCGCAACGUCCGCGAACUAGGCGGUGGGCGCGCCACGUCCCGCGGCAUAGACGAGACGCUCGAGGCAAGGGCUGCUGAGCGUGAGCAAGCGCAACAAGCUGAGGAGCGAGAGAUUGAAAUGGGUAGCUUCCACGGGCACUCAUCGAGACCGAGUUCCAUGCACGGGUCUCUACGACCUGGCUUUGACGCAGCGGAUCCGUCUACUUUUACUUCCUACAGCGGAAAAUCAGACCGCCGCCGUAACGAAAGGGCAAUGAACGCUGCUGCAGAACUCCUCUUCCCAGGCGCCGGACCUCGCAUCGACCGGUCCGCCGAGUUAAUGCAAAAUGGCCCGCCACCGCCGUCCUACACCGACGUCCAGAGUGGGAGCGGUGCAGGUCGGGGCAGGACACCGGAUAGUUCUUCAACGACUCAUGGGGCAGGGGAGAGGAGUCACAGCGCGAGUACAGCCGUGUCAAUGACGCAGCAGCCGCAGCAGGUGAAGAGCAUGUUGGAUAUUUGA